CGACUGAGCGUUUUUAUUCCAUAUUUAGCAGGAAAUGCCUUCUAUUCUUCACUGCCAUCGCAAUACUAAACACUACAUCUCACAAGAUGUUUAUUAUAAUUACAAGUACACAUUAGAUGUACCUUCUUAACUACUAUUUCUCAUCAAAUGCUGCUUUUCGCAGGCCCUUAGCACUCUAAUUAUGGAUCUCGAAGAACCCUUCCUAACAUCGGAACCAGUUGUACUUGCAAAGACUGAUGCGAACACAGCCAGCUAUAGUGGUCGCGGCAUCAUAGAAGUGCUUGACGUUAUCAAAAUACUUGAAGAUGCUGGAAUAGCUUGCUGCGUCACAGGCGCUCAUGCUUUACUUUACUAUGGUGCCAAACUUGUCCCCGUUGAUUGGGAAGUUUGCGUGCCGAACGAGGAUUUCAAAAAAGCAUCGGCCAUGUUCACAUCAAACCCACUGAGUGAUAUAUAUGAACCCUGGACCAAAAUACUACCGCAAGUUCGUUCCUUGAUACAUACCUACCCUCGCUUCACGCUGAAAGGUGUAAAUUUCUUCUUUUUCAUCGUACCUGCAUUUGAGUACAAUAUCAAAUGGGAAUCGUCCGACCUGGAGAAAAGUCAGCUCGGCAUUCCAUUCCCUAAACUCGAGCUCCUUGCUCGUAGCCUUCUAGAUACACAGCGACAACUUGAGCUCACGAAUCUCGUCGAUGGAAUGGAUUUAUCCGAAGAAUGGGGAGAGGAACACCUCGACUUGGAUAGGACCGGCGAGCUUGAAUAUGCCGGGGAGAAAAACAAGAGACUUAUCGCAUCUCAUUGUGGGUCGAGGGAAAUCCCCAUACCUAAACUAAGUGAGGUGCCUAAGGACCUCAGGCAGCAGUGGCAAAAUAUAGUUAGAGGGAAACAACGCAGGAUAAAUCUAGAGCUGCCAAAACACCUGUACAGCACGCGAUUCCGGAUGGUAGGUUCGGGAGAUCCUAGAUUACGAGCAGGUCGGAAUAUAUAAUCAUAAACCUGCUACUACCCACUAACAAGUGUUUAACUCAUUCAUGUAUAGUUCACAGCGAGUGUUGGGAAAGAACUUACAGUAAAUGUCACUACUUGAUAUAUUGAAAAUCAGGCGUAGCUACUUAGGUAAGUGUAACAAUGUUCGACCAACAACACCUUUGAGAAUUAUCUACUGUGGAUCACAAUGGUCGACUGUAUAAAGCAAACAGACCUCGCUGUUCUUGAAUACCUGGGCCUCAUAAGAGCACGCAAUUCAACCCACAGUCAAAACAAAUUGAUCUAGGAGUGAUAGUGAUAUAGAACUAUCAAUGAAAAAUUGCACUGUGAC